GCACAUGACGCACUUAGUUAUGAGAUUCCUCUGCAUCAGUAUCUCUGAAACCCUUCAUUUCAUUUCUUUCUAAUUUUCUCGCUCAUAUUUUUCGAUUGCUUGUCAAAGGAGUGCGGAGAAUGGCGUUAGCACGCAUUUUCAGGAGAUCUGAGACCAAACAAUUCACAUUUGGUUUGUCCCAGUUUGCUGCACAGAGAAAUGGAGCCUUGUGUGGAGACGUCCCGCUUGUUCAGGGGUGGACAGCUGCUGCAAGGGUCUUCAGUUCAAAGGCAUCUGGAAGUGAUAUCGUUGGAAUGGAUCUUGUUAAAACUAAGUCACACAAUGGAGCAACAGAAGGAAAUGUUCCUGGAAAAUCUCCAAAUAGCCAUGUUUGGGUUGAAACAAAUGAACAGCAGUAUUUGGCUAGUCGAACUGGUGCACUUCUUACAGGAAAGAUGAAAGGAGCUGCAGAAUCAUAUAUUGGUAGGAGUGUUGUAAAUGGUGCUGUAAUAAUUCCUUCUUAUUUUAGUAAUAUGCAAAGGCAGGCUGUAAAUGCUGUGGGAAGAAUUGCUGGGUUUUCCACUGUCAGUGGAACAGUUGAGGAUGCCCCAAUGCAAAGUGUGGUAAACCCCAAAAAGAACAUUAAUCGUCCAUUAUCACCUCAUCUUAGUAUUUACGAGCCACAACUUACUUCAACCUAUUCAAUUUUCAAUAGAAUCUCCGGAGGGUUCUUAACUGCUGUACUUUUGUCUGGUCUCCUUUUUGUCUUGCAAAUAGGUCCAUUAAGCCUUACUUAUCCUAGUCUAUACCUAUCUUCAUUUGCUGUCGAUUUUCCAAAAUUGACUCUAAGCUUGUUCAAUUUUACUUUAUUAGCAUUUUGCUAUCAUAUAGGUAAUGGACUUCGUCACAUAUGGUGGGAUCUGGGUUUUCCCCUGGAUUCAUUUCGAGGAAUUCGGAUUUCUGAAUUUCUUAUGCUAUGUAUAGCUUUCUCAGCUUUUGCAAAGAUUAUCCAAAAACUCUAUUUCUGAGGAACAGGGUGCAGCGAGUGGCAAUAAACUUACCUUCAUUGUGGAUUGGAGGGGAAGUAAUAGUUUUUGUUUUCCUGAAAUAGAACAGUACUGUUAUUUUACUUGAGUUCAUGUUUGGCAAAGUGCCUGAACGACCCGAAAUUUGAUAUGUAAAGCCUAUUAAUGAAAUAUUAUUUGUGGCUGUGUUUUUCGUUA